CAAUUGCCUGGGUGGCUUAGGGAUGAGGCCCAGCCCCCUGCCUCGCUUCCCUUCCCCCUGUCUCCCCUCCCUUCCCCCAGGUAUAAGAGCUGAGCUCAGGUUAGCUGGCUCAUCCUGUCCUGCCUCAGAGGUGUCAGCAGGUAGAUCAUGAGCCAUCGGCUCCUCCGGGGCAGGCUGUAGACUACACAACUCUCCACCAAAGGACCAAGCACACCAGGCACCAUGGGACAGUGUCGGUCAGCCAAUGCCGAGGAUGCCCAGGAAUUCAGUGACGUGGAGAGGGCCAUUGAGACCCUCAUCAAGAACUUCCACCAGUACUCGGUGGAGGGUGGGAAGGAGACGCUGACACCCUCCGAGCUACAGAACCUAGUGACCCAGCAGCUGCCUCACCUUAUGCCGAACAACUGUGGGCUGGAAGAUAGAAUCGCCAACCUGGGCAGCUGUAACAACUCUAAACUGGAGUUUGGAAGUUUCUGGGAGCUGAUUGGAGAAGCAGCCAAGAGCGUGAAGCUGGAGAAGGCUGUCCGGGGGAGCUGAGAACCUUCCCCUGGGAUUCUUGGGGGGAUGCUGGGGAAAGGGGACCUUAGAGACUGUGGGCCUGGAAAUAAAACUCCUCUCUUUACCGUCACCGCACUGUUCCCCAGCCCGCGCCUGCCUCACCUCUGCCAGGUUCAGCUUCAUAGCGGCCCCUCCUGGGGUCUCUGCACUUCAUCCCUCGCUCUGUGGAGAGAAUGGGUCCAGGGAUCCCCACCAGAGGGAGGCUCAGGGGACCGGCUGGGGCCAGGGAUGGUGUGGAGGGGUCAGCAUGGUUAAGGGCCACACCAUUUGGUAGUGGGUGCUGGGCAGAGAGGAGCUGGACUUUGGGAAAUGAUUUGAAAGGGACUGGGAAUAGGGCUGGAUAUUUGGAAUUAAAAAAGGUCUCUAAGAACCUACCCCUCCUACUCUCUUCCCCAACCCUAAGGAGCUGUCUGUCAAUGCUUUAUCUUCCUGCCUCCAGCUCUGCCCCAGCCUCCUCCCAAGACUGUCCUUGGACGAGGGCAGGGGAAGUGGGAGAGCAGUGGGGAGGGGGAGCAGGCUAAGAAGGGUGUGACCUUGGGGAGCGAGAACCAGCUGGGUGGUUGGGCAUUUAAAGAAUGAUGGCUGUUUUGUAUAUCUUGAUUAAUAAAAAUAAAAUGGAAAAAGUGAAA